AUGCAAAAAUCGUGUGAAGGUGAAGGAAAACCACAGAACAUGCCCAAGGUAGAGGAAGAUCGCCCUUUAGAAAAUGUACCACAAGAGGCAGAAGGAAGCCCUCAGCCUUUCGAAGAAGAAGGUGUAAACCAGGAAGCAGAAGGAAACCUUAGAGCAGGGCCAACUCAGCCCAGCCAGGGAUUGAAAGAGGACACUCCCGUUAGGUAUUUGGACCCUGAAGAAAUGAUGAGAGGAGUAGACGAGUUGGGAAGGCUUAGGGAAGAGAUAAGAAGAGUGAGAAACAAGUUCGUGAUGGUGCAUUGGAAGCAAAGACAUUCACGCAGCCGUCCUUUAUCCAGUGUGCUUUAG